AUGACACUUUUCGGUUGGAUAGAUGCUUCCAUUUUAUACUGCGCGGUCGUUGUUCUUAUGGUCAUCGGAAAACUCAGAUCUGUAACAAAAAAGAUUGAUGAUGCUUUCAAUUCUAUACCGACUUCUCAAUUAUCUAGUUAUCCUACCUUACUUAAUAAGACUGUGAUUUCUUCUGUCGUCAGAAGGGUCAUGUGGUAUCCUGUGGUGCCAUUGAUAGCUCAAUUUUGUAACUCUUUCGUUGAAACUUACGCUUAUGUUAAUCGUGUGGUCUAUUUUCCUCUAUUUUUACUUUGCUACAUUGGCAUGUCACUUCAAGGAUUACUAAAUGCUUUAGUAUUUUCUCAAGAUAUUGCCGUUACUCGUGCUUUUCAGGCUGUUAAACUACAUUGGUGGAUCUACAAUGUUAACAGUUAUGAGUCUGCCUAUCCUCAUCUAUCUCACAACAAAGCUAUUAUCGAUGAAUUCAGCAUGCCAGGAAAAUCAUGUAGUCUUGUUGAAUUGAAAACUCUAAAUUGCAACAAGACUAAUAUCAUUAAAAACGAUCUUUUCAAUGAUGAUAACAUUAAUGACGAUUUUAUUAACGACGAUUUUAUUAAUGACAAUAUUAUUAAUAACGAUAAUAAUAAUAAUAAUUUUAAUAACAGUAAUAACGGGAUUAUUAAUGAUAAUAAUGUCAAUAAUAAUUUGGUUUCACAACCUUCCCUUUUAGAGUGGUUAAGAUAUAUGUUAUUGAUUAAAAUUUUCUCGGCUCCAAAAAGUCAAUCUAGAUUAAUUUCACUUGAACUUUUAUCACCAGGCACUUCAUUUCUUGGAAAUAAGCUUACUUCUUCUUUCUUUGAAAAGGAUAAUUCAAAGGAUAAUUCAGAUAAACCUGAUAUAAAUAUUGAUCAUCAAAAUGAUGAUCAAGAUCUUCAUUUAGUUCAUCCUGAACCUGUUCAUUUAAAAGAUUCUUUUCAAUAUCCUCCAUUAGAUUUAUUAUCUCAUUGUUUAAAUUCAUCAACCUCAUCUGAUCCCUUAAUAGGUAGUUCUCGAAGUAAUCAAACUAAUAUAAAUGCCGAAGUUUUUGAAGAAAUUGAAACAUUUAAACUAAUUUUAAAAAGACUAUAA